GCAGGGUCAGCUCCAGCACCCUCCUGCCUGCUCCGGUACACACCUGCAUGGCCCUGCACUCACUUGUGUGCCUGUUGUGUGUGUCCCAUGCACGCUCUGGUGUGUUCCUGCAUGUCCUUUCUCAGGAAUACACACUCUGGCACAUUUCUACUUGUCCUUGUUCACCUGUGUAUGCUCUGGCAUGUCCCUGUGUGUCCUUGCUCACAGGCACACUCUGUCACACUUCCGUGUGUCCCCGUUCACAUGUGGAUGCUGUGAAAAGUCCCCUGCAUGUCCUGGCUCACAGGGGCCUCUCACCGGUAGCCGACGGCCACUGGGCCGGGGCACAUUGGGACCAUGACCUCGGCCAAUGACUACGAGCAGCUGGAGCUGCAGCAGCAGUACAGCCGCAUCAAUGUCCGCUGGGACGCGUCUGACGAUGAGCUGGACAACGACAACAGCUCCGCACGGCUCUUCGAGCGCUCCCGCAUCAAAGCCCUGGCAGAUGAGCGGGAGGCCGUGCAGAAGAAAACCUUCACCAAGUGGGUGAACUCGCACCUGGCUCGUGUCACCUGCCGCAUCUCGGACCUCUACAUGGACCUCCGGGAUGGGCGGGUGCUCAUCAAGCUGCUGGAAGUGCUGUCAGGAGAGCUUCUGCCCAAGCCCACCAAGGGCCGGAUGCGGAUCCACUGCCUGGAGAACGUGGACAAGGCGCUGCAGUUCCUGAAGGAGCAGCGGGUGCACCUGGAGAACAUGGGCUCCCACGAUAUCGUGGACGGCAACCACCGCCUCGUCCUCGGCCUCAUCUGGACCAUCAUCCUCCGCUUCCAGAUCCAGGACAUCAUUGUGGAGACGCAGGAGGGCCGGGAGACACGCUCUGCCAGGGAUGCACUUCUGCUCUGGUGCCAGAUGAAGACAGCAGGGUACCCCCACGUGAAUGUCACCAAUUUCACCUCAAGCUGGAAGGACGGGCUGGCCUUCAAUGCCCUCAUCCACAGGCACAGGCCUGAGCUGGUUGACUUCCAAAACCUGACCAAAUCCAAUGCCCGGCACAACCUGGAGCAUGCGUUCAGCGUGGCAGAGCGGCACCUGGGCAUCACUCCUCUCCUCGACCCCGAAGAUGUGUUCACGGAGAACCCUGAUGAGAAGUCCAUCAUCACCUAUGUCGUGGCCUUCUACCACUACUUCUCUAAGAUGAAGGUGCUGGAGGUGGAGGGAAGGCGCCUGGGCAAGGUCAUUGAGCACGCCAAGGAGACAGAGCGGAUGAUCGAGGGCUACGGGGGGCUGGCAUCCGACCUGCUCACCUGGAUCGAGCAGACCAUCGCCUCCCUCAACAGCCGCAGCUUCGCCAACUCGCUGGCUGGCGUGCAGCACCAGCUGCAAGCCUUCAGCACGUACCGCACCGUGGAGAAGCCCCCCAAGUUUCAGGAGAAGGGCAACCUGGAGGUGCUGCUCUUCACCAUCCAGUCGCGGAUGAGGGCCAACAACCAGCGUGUCUACACCCCACACGAGGGGCGCCUGGUCUCUGACUUCCCCCAGGCCUGGGAGCAGCUGGAGAAAGCGGAGCAUGAGCGGGAGCUGGCGCUGCGCAAUGAGCUGAUCCGCCAGGAGAAGCUGGAGCAGCUGGCACGGCGCUUCGACCGCAAAGCAGCCAUGCGGGAGGCCUGGCUGAGCGAGAACCAGCGCCUGGUGGCCCAGGACAACUUUGGGCAGGAUCUGGCGGCGGUGGAGGCGGCCAAGAAGAAGCACGAGGCCAUCGAGACAGACACGGCUGCCUACAGGGAGAGGGUGCAGGCCAUUGAGGCUGUGGCCAAGGAGCUGGAGCUGGAGGGCUACCACGACAUCCAGCGCAUCAACGGGCGGAAGGACAACAUCCUGCGGCUCUGGGAGCAGCUCCUGGAGCUACUGGCUGCCCGGCGCCAGCGCCUGGAGAUGAACCUCACCCUGCAGCACCUCUUCCAGGAGAUGCUCCAUUGCAUCGACUGGAUGGAUGAGGUCAAGGUGAAGCUGGCAUCUCCCGAAUCUGGGAAGCACCUUCUGGAAGCGGAGGAGCUGCUGCAGACCCACCGUCUGCUGGAGGCUGACAUGGCCGUACAGGCAGAGAAGACCCGGGCCAUCAGUGCUGCCGCCCUCCGCUUUGCCGACGCUGAGGGCUAUCGUCCCUGCGAUCCCAAAGUCAUCCGGGACCGCGUGAGCCACCUGGAAAUGUGCCGGCGAGAGCUGCAGGUACUGGCGGCGCGGAGGAGAGCCUUGCUGGAGCAAUCGCGCUCCCUCUGGACCUGCCUGUGGGAGCUGGACGAGGCAGAGAGCUGGAUCAAGGAGCAGGAGCAGCUCUACUCUUCCCUGGACUUCGGGAAGGACCUGCCCGGCGUGCUGCUGCUCCAGCGCCGGCACGCUGCCUUCGAGGCCGAGAUGCGGAGCCGUGGCGGGCGCCCGCAGGAGCUGGUCUUCAUCCCCCCCGGCGUCGCCCCGCUCCCUGCCGGGCGCUACAGCGACAGCGCCGGCGGCUUCUGCUACCAAGAGAGCGCGCAGCUCGGGGCCGCCACCAGGAAUCGCUGGGUGCGAUGGAGCACGUCGGGGGACACGGUGGAGCUGGUGGAGGAGUCCCUGGACGUGAACCUGCUGAACAACGCUGUGCGGCUGCGGAUCCAGGGCUGCCCGUUCCUGCCGGGCGGGAUCCACCUGUGCGAGGUGCAGAGUCACCUGGUGGUGCUGCUGCUCACGGCGCAGACGGUGCACCGCCUGCUGCUCCCGCACCCCGCCCGCCUCUACCGCAGCGAGCUGAUAACGGAGAGCCAAGUGCAGUCUGUGUUUACAGAUAUCAGCAAAAUCCACAUCAGGGAUCCCUCCAAUUACUACGUGAUUCCCAGCGUGCCGGGGCUGGCUCCCAACUCCGUGGCCUCUGCAGCCUGGCUGAGCAGUGAGGGGGAGGCUCUCUUCGCCCUUCCCUCUGCCUCAGGAGGGAUCUUUGUCCUUAAGCUGCCUCCUCCCGAUGUGCAGGGAAGUGUUUCUGUCGUGGAAUUGAAGCAGAGCUCGGUGGUGCAGCGUUUCCUCACGGGCUGGAUGCCGACUGCCAUCAGAGGCGAUGGCGGCCCCUCGGAUGUGCCCGUCAGCCUCUCCGUGCACUGCCUGGAUCACGACGCUGUCCUCUUCGCCCUCUGCCAGGACCAUAAGCUCCGGAUGUGGUCCUACAAGGAUCAGAUGUGCCUGAUGGUGGCGGAUCUGCUGGAGUUCAUGCCGGUCAGCAGGGACCUGCGGCUGGCGGCCGGCACCGGGCACCGCCUGCGCCUGGCCUUCUCCCAGUCCCUGGGCCUUUACCUGGGAGUCUACAUGCACGCUCCCAAGCGAGGGCAGUUUUGUGUCUUCCAGCUGGUGACCACUGAGAGCAACCGCUACAGCCUUGACCACAUCUCCUCCCUGUUCUCCUCGCAGGAGACUCUGGUUGACUUUGCCUUAACCUCAGCCGAGAUCUGGGCACUGUGGCACAACGAGGAGAACCAAACAGUUGUGAAAUACAUCAACUUUGAGCAGAAUGUUGCAGGCCAGUGGAACCAGGUGUUUGUGCAGCCACUCCCUGAGGAGGAGGUGACAGUCCGACAGGAUCAGGACCCCAGGGAAAUCUACUUGGAAUAUCUCUUCAUGCCGGGCCGGUUCACUAAUGCAGCUAUCCAGAAGGCUUUGCAGAUCUUUUCUCAAGGAACUGAGAGGCACAUGGAUCUGACAUGGGAUGAGUUAAGGAAAGAGGUCACCUUAGCCGUGGAAAACGAGUUCCAGGGCAGUGUGACGGAAUACGAGUGCUCCCCAGAGGAGUUUUGGCAGCUGCAGGUGGAAUUCUGGUCCAAGUUCUAUGCCUGCUGCCUGCAGUACCAGGAAGCUCUUUCCCGGCCCCUGGCCUUGCACCUGAACCCCUACACCAGCAUGGUGUGCCUGCUAAAGAAGGGCUCCAUGUCCUUCCUCGUGCCCUGCUCCUUGGUUGAUCAUCUCUAUCUCCUCUCCAACGAGCACCUCCUGACCGAGGAUGAUGCUGCCAUCUUUGAAGAUUUGGAGAUGUCUCGUGAUGUUGUCUGUCUUGUCCAGUGCCUUCGCCUGAUCGGAGAAUCAAUUUCCAUGGAAAUGGCAUUCAUCAUGGAAAUGGCCUGCUCCCGCCUCCAGCCUCCAGAAAAGGCUGCAGAGCAGAUCCUGGAGGACUUGAUAGCUAAUGACACGGAAAAUGUGAUGGAGGAUAUCCACAGCAAACUGCAGGAGAUCAGGAACCCCAUCCAUGCCAUUGGAUUGCUCAUCCGAGAGAUGGACUAUGAGACAGACGCUGAGAUGGAAAGAGGUCCUCACCUGGCGCUGCGCAUGAGCCUGUCCCAGCUGUUCGGCAGCACCACCGCAGGGAACGUGGUGUGCGGGGGAGUGGCCAAGAUCUGCACCGUCCGCUUCCUCCUCUGCCGGGACCUGCUCAUCCUCCAGCAGCUCCUGCUGCGCCUCGGAGAUCCCAUGGUUUUGGGAGGGGGACAGCUCUUCCAGUCCCAGCAGGACUUGCUGCACCGCACCUCUCCCCUGCUGCUGUCCUACUUCCUGAUCCGGUGGGCGAGCCAGUGCCUGGCCUCCGACGUCCCCUUGGACACGCUGGAAUCUAAUCUGCAGCAUCUCUCCGUGUUGGAGUUAGCAGACACCACUGCUCUGACACCACACAAACUGGUAUCCGGCCCUCAAACAAUCGUGGAGCUCUUCUUUCAGGAAGUGGCCAGAAAACACAUCAUAUCCCGACUCUUCCUGCAACCCAACACCUCUUUGGCUGAGACAAGCUUGAAUUGGCCUCACCUUAUCACCUCAAUAGUGGCUGAUUUUCUGCCUCUCCUAUGGCCCAGCAAUCCCAGCUUCCUCUUCCCAGAGUGCCUGAUGGGGAGCUGUCAGUACACCCAGCUCCAGGAAUACAUCCGACUGCUGCAGCCAUGGUGCCACGUGAACAUGGGCUCCUGCUGCUUCAUGAUGGGCAGGUGCUACCUCGUCAUGGGUGAAGGGCACAAGGCUUUGGAUUGCUUCUGCCAAGCUGCCUCUGAGGUGGGAAGAGAGGAGUUCCUGGACAGGCUGAUCCAGCCCGAGGAGGGUGAGGUGGUCUCCACGCCACGCCUGCAGUACUACAACAAGGUCCUUCGCUUGUUGGAGAUGCUGGGUUUGCCGGAGCUGGUCAUUGAGCUGGCCACCCUGGCUAUCAUGGAAUCAGCAGAUGAUUGGAGAAGCCAGGUACAGAAUUGCUGGUCUUUGAGGACCUGCAUCUUCAAACAUCAUCUGGAUUUGGGGCACAAUAGUGAAGCCUAUGUAGCCUUAACUCAGAACCCGGAUCCAGGCAGGCAGCUGGACUGCCUACGCCAGCUAGUGGUGGUUCUCUGCGAGCGAUCCCAGCUCCAGGACCUGGUGGAAUUCCCUUACGUGAACCUUCACAAUGAGGUCGUUGGGAUCAUCGAGUCCCACGCUCGGGCCGUGGAUCUGAUGACUCACAACUACUACGAGCUGCUCUACGCCUUCCACGUGUACCGGCACAACUACCGGAAAGCUGGAACGGUGAUGUUUGAGUACGGCAUGCGGCUGGGCAGGGAGGUGCGGACGCUGCGAGGGCUCCAGAAACAGGGAAAUUGUUUCCUGGCUGCCAUUAACUGCCUGCGGUUGAUCCGCCCGGAAUACGCCUGGAUAGUGCAGCCAGCCUCUGGAGCUGUGUACGAGCGCCCGGGAGCAUCCCCGAAGAGGAGCCACGAUGGGGAGUGCAUGGCUGUUCCCACCACUCACCAGAUCGAGAUCCUGGAGCUGGAGGAUUUGGAGAGGGAAUGUCUGCUGGCGCGGAUCCGGCUGACCCUGGUGGAACACGACGUGUCGGCAGCAGCUGUGGCAGGCAAUUCCACCCCUGAGGAAACGGUGUCUCUGCUGGUCCGGGCUGGGCUCUUCGACUCGGCCAUCACCCUCUGCCAAACCUUCAAGCUGCCCUUGACGCCCAUCUUUGAGGGCCUGACCUUCAAGUGCAUCAAGCUCCAGCUGGGAGGGGAAGCGGCACAGGCGAAGGCCUGGGACUGGUUGGCAGCCAACCAACUCUCAGCACUGGUCACCACCAAAGAGUCCAGUGCCACAGAUGAAGCCUGGAGGCUGCUGUCAUCCUACUUGGAGCGUUACCCAUCGCAGAACAGCCUGUACCAUCGCUGCGUCAUCAACAAGCUCCUGGCACACGGGAUACCUCUGCCCAACUGGCUCAUUAACAGCUACAAGGAAGUGGAUGCUGCCGAGCUGCUGCGCCUGUACCUGAACUAUGAUCUGCUGGAGGAGGCCGUGGAUUUGGUCCUGGAGUACGUGGACGCUGUGCUGGGCAAAGGGCACCAGUAUUUUGGGAUCGAGGUCCCACUGUCCCCAUCAUCCCCCACGAUGUGGCUUCCCUACACUGCCAUUGACCAGCUGCUGCAGGCGCUGCGGGAGAGCAGCGCCAGCGAGAACAGCGUCGUGCUCUAUGAGAAGCUGAAUGACAGGAUGGAGGACUACCAGCAGAAGGUCAGCGUGGCCACCAUGGAGCGCCUGUACUGCCGGCCCUAGUCCAGGUGACAUCCCCAGGAGUGUCACCAUCUCACCCCGCGGUGCUGGUUUUACCCAUUGUUUUUCCACAAGGAUCCGGUUGAGGGAGGUGGAGUGCCGAUGGGUGUGUCCCCUCACUGUCCCUUUUGAGGCCAGUGGGUGAGCAACAGAGCUGGGCAGUGUGGCCAUAGCACCCCUUUGUUCUCUGCCUCCUCCAGACGUGGAACUGUUGGGAAUUUCUUUUAUUUAUUGGUAUGUUUUUGGAUCAACUUUAAUAAAAUGGAAGUGUUAUUUGA